CAAUUAUUAUUUCCAAUUUUUUCAUUUAUUUUUGGUGUUUCGGUGGUUUGGCUCCUGAGAGAGUCUCUCUCUCUCUCUCUGUCUCCGAUCAGAGAAACCUCAGGAUCUCCAAAAAAAAAAAACCUCAAAACUAACUCUCCGAUUCAACCAAAACCUCGUCCGAUUUCCUUACCUUAGUUUCUCCGAAACCCUCAAUUCAUCCUUUCGGUCUCCGAUUCAGUGUCGUCCACUGCGGAAAUGGCAUAUCUCGGAUUCUAGGGUUUCCCAUACCAUCCUCGUUAGUUAACGAAUUCACUAUUUACCGUAUCCUCAACAACCUUAUCACAAUCGCAAACAUGGCAUUACGUUAUACCUUCGGUGUCUCUGGCUAUGUCGCCCAAAACCUCGCCACGUCAGCGGGCCUUCGGGUCGGGAAUUGCAAGACCGUCGGGGAUUGUUGGAUCCGAACCCGGAUCUUCGGGCCAAACCAGAAGACCGAGUUCGACCCGGCCAGCACGGUCCGCAACUACCGCUCCGAUCUCCGAAGGCCCUCUCUGUUCGAAAGUAUCGCCGGUGAAAUUAUCGGCGAGAACUCGAAGAGUCCUAUCGUUCUCGGCUUGAUCUCGGUGAUGAGAUCGACGGCUUGUGCUUCUGGCACGUCAGCUACGGCUCUGGGUGUUUUCGGAGUUUCGCCUUUUAAGUCUUCGUCGAUUUUGUCUUCGGUUUCGAAGUGGGUGCAACCACCCUGUAACGACGAGCCUGAAACAUCAUCGGAGUCAUCGACAACAAUAACGACGACGACGACGACGAUGAAGAUGGCGGCUGCGGCGGAGUCGAAGUUUGAUCAGAAGAGUGGUUGGUUGUCGAAGAUUUUGAAUUUGUGUUCGGAGGAUGCAAAGGCUGUGUUCACUGCUGUGACUGUGAGCAUAUUGUUCAAAUCAUUCUUGGCGGAGCCGAGGUCGAUUCCUUCGUCUUCUAUGGCCCCUACUCUUGAUGUUGGUGACCGUAUUUUAGCUGAGAAGGUUUCAUACUUUUUCAGGAAGCCUGAAGUUUCAGAUAUAGUAAUUUUUAAGGCACCUCCAAUUUUACAGGAUUUUGGUUAUUGUUCAGGUGAUGAUGUAUUUAUAAAAAGAAUUGUUGCAAAGGCUGGAGACUAUGUUGAAGUUCGUGAUGGGAAAUUAUAUGUGAAUGGUGAUGUUCAAGAUGAAAAAUUUGUUGCGGAGCCACUUGCUUAUGAAAUGGAACCAGUGCUUGUGCCUGAAGGUUAUGUCUUUGUGAUGGGAGACAAUCGCAACAACAGUUUUGACUCUCAUAACUGGGGUCCGCUUCCUAUCAAGAACAUUGUAGGUAGAUCGGUGUUUCGUUACUGGCCUCCAUCCAAAGUAUCAGACACCAUAUAUGAACCUCAUUUGGGGGGGAAUGCUGUAGCAAUUUCUUUUGUGAAUUUUGAACCUUUUUCCCAUCAUGUGCCUGCUUAUGUUGGAUUGGUUCUUGGUGGGGUAUCUGUCUUGUCCAUCGGACUGAAGAGCGGUCAACUGUUGCCGCUGAUGGAUUAUUUUCUUACUUGGGAAGUUGAUGCACUUUUACUUGGCACUGGAGGACUCAAAUAUCUGAAGCAAGAUGGUUUUCUGGAUGUCUGGUGCUGCUAUCACUUUGAAUGUAGUGCAAAACUCUAUUUCACUUUGUUAUUGCAGUUAAAGCACCCCCCUGAUGGUGAAUUGGUGAAGGGAACUCGGCCAGAAAGCAAAAACAGAUUCGGAAAGAAUCCUCUAAUCUUAAAUCAGUUAGUCUUUUUACCUCAGAUGAAGAAGAACAGUCAUCGUGGUCUUGUUGUUCCUUUGUCCUUCCCAAUCUUAAUUAUACUCUCAUUUAUUACACCUUCCUUAAACGCCUCGAACUCCAACCUCACCACCCUUUUCUUACAGGAUGUCCUCAAGGCAAUCUCGUUGAAGCAGAAGUGGGAUUUGGAGGACAUUAAGGUUUCCAAGUUGGAUCUGCGUAAGGUUCGGUUUAAGAGUGCUUCGCGGGUCGAGUUUCGGGUCGGGUUCGGUAAGAGUAAAUGGGUCAUCAAAUGGUCUGAGGAUGAAGAACAAGAAGUGGGGUCUUGGAAAAAGUUCAAAAAUGAAAAGAGCGAUUUUGGGUCCUUGGUUACUGAAAUUGGUUCUUUGAUGGGUGUGCUUAACACGUUUAAAAUGGAGGGUCCGUUUGAGUUACUGGUCGGUGGUGAUCACCAGCUUUCUCUAUUGUUGCCGAUGAACAUUUCACAUAAUGGUUUGAAACGAAUUCUUGUUGGUGAAGGCAUCACAAUGGAAGUGAGAAGAGCUCAAGAAGUCUCUCUAAUUCACUCAUCUGGUCUUGGUAUACCGGUGAAUAGAAGUGUUGCAAUUAACAAGGAGAAAAUUGAGUUUUGGCCCUUUUGGCAAUCUAUGUGCAUCCCAUUGCUUCCUAUACAAGUUUUAGGGGCUGCAUCAGUAGUUGCUUAUCGGACUCGAAAUCCUGAUGCUUACAUUGAAACUACAUUCAUUUCCAAGGACACAAUUGAGUUGCUGCCGGAGAAGUGUUACAAUAGUCAUAUUUACAAGGAACAGGCUUGCCCGAUUGAUUUCUUGAGUUCAAGGAUUGCUUUGCUGGAAAGAGUUUUGAAGAGCUUUCUUGGUGACAGAAUUCGUCAAAAUCAUUCGGGAUUCCUCAAAACAAAGAUUAAAGCAUCUGCUAUCAUUCGUUUCCCACUAGAACUGGAAAGAGAUAUCAGAAGUAAUGACAUACUCCAUGGUAAGCUGGCAGAGUGGAAAACAAGGCCAAAUGUUGAAAGAAUGUGGUUUGAGGUAAUGGCAAGAGUUGAAGCAGAGACUUUGCGGCCUCUUUUGGUUAAGAAGGUGAACCCCUUCAUUGGAGUAGAUUCAGUUUCAUGGAGUAAUUUAAUGUCUAAUGUAUCUUUUACGAAUUUACGAUCUGUCCUUGUCCCUUCUGAGGCUCUAACGCUGGAUGUGAAGUGGUAGCAUGAAAUUGUUGUAUUAUACUUUGUUUUGUGAAUGUUCACAGGUCAAGGCAGUGUGCUGUCAUUUUGCCUUUUCUCUUGUUUUAUGGGGGGUUGUAUUAUCAGAUACAUGUAUAAAAAGCACUCAUUGGAUUUGUACAUAAGUUAAAAAAAUUUGAAAGGAAAAUGAGAGAUAAAUCAUGAUGUGCAUUCGUUUC